AUGCCGAAGAACAGCGAGCCGCAUCCUCUCUCUAGUGCCAAGUGCAAACGCCUAGUGCGGCCUCUUCUUUCAAAAAUACACUCGCUAACAGACCUCUAUUCCAAGUAUCCAGCCAAGUUCGUAUUUGACUGUGAACUUUUUAUCAGUGGCAGUAGUGAAGAUGCACAUUUCACUAAACCUGCAACGGCAGAGCAACGACUAGUUUCACUCAAGCCCUUUCUUUCACUCGAAACCUAUGAUGCGUAUGUGGAGAUAUUCAAUAUCUUCAAAAAUAUUGUCUCGACUCUAUAUCCUGACAAUGCCAAGACAACCAAAAAUGGCGUGCCCCGUCUAUCUUUUCUAGCAGCACAUAAAUUGGGCAAAUCAAUAGCCUUGGGCACGAAGUCCACCCACUAUUCGCUCAACCAAACUGCGCUUUUCGACCCGGCGUCCAUACCGCUAUAUUUGAGAAAGUAUCAUGACCAGCUCGCAGAGGAUAUCGACGAGUGGUUGUUGAUGGAACCAGGCUCAGUAUUGGGCCAGCACCGCUCACAACUUCUCCUCGGAUACGUGAUGCAUAUUCUCGUUUUUAAUCUGCGUGUGCUUUUCUACACUCUCAUCCCCGUACUCUGUCACUGGCUCCAUGAGCAAAAAAUGCAGUGCCUGCGGACGCUCUUCGUAGAAUUCUGGCUUUUCCUGUAUUUGGAUCCAGAUCACGAAGAAGUGCAAGAUCUAACAGUGCCCGAUAAGUCACGGGACCCGAGCCUUGCAACUUUCUGGCUCUUUCACAAAAUCGGAUACUGGCAGCAAAUGGUGCGUCUUCUUCACAUCAAGUCACUGGUGUAUUCUUCAGCUGAAGCUUACAGCGCGCUACUUUUAGAGGCCCUAAUCUGUUCCGAUAGAUUGGAUCUUGCCCACGUCGACGUACAUGAGGUGUAUGCACUAAUGAGGACCAAUCUACAGCACCCGAAAAACACGCAAAUUCUUGUUGCAACCAUAGCGCAGUUGAUCACAUCAUUUCAAAAGAACUAUGAUGUUGUCUCGACGUCUUCAGAGGCACAUGCUGCAAUAUUUAGUGCUUACCUUGAAAUCCGGAAUUUCUUGCAAGCAUGGGUGUGUCUCAGCAAAACCCUAAUUUUCAAUACGUUGGAUAAGGGAAACACCGAGAUAUUUGACGCCUGUUCAAAGUUUGCCGAUCACCUAAAGGAAAUCUGCACUUUGAUCAUUGCAUAUUUAGAAAGCAGGAGCCGUGGAGGCUCUCGUAGUAUUGAGAGGGUACGCAAGUUCAAGAAGCUCCUCUCCGAGAUUGGAGACUUAAGCGGCACUUGCGAAGUCUUAAGAGCCUUCUUCUUGGACAUAAGACUUCAGUCAAGCGAAAUCAAUGCGUCUCCGACUUUGGUACAAUACUUAGCCUCGUUCACUGCGGAGGAAUACGACCGUGAAACACUCGAGGUCUUCAUGGGGUGGUUUGAAGAGCAAGACCAGACGAAGUACGGAGAUUUCAUAUCGCUUUUGCAAAGUCACAUUUCCGCGUUUGAACAUUAG